AUGGUUGGCCGAGCCAGCACUACCUCCCGAGGCAACUUCGCGUUUGGCGCGGCAGCCCAUGGCACCAGGUCCGGGCCACUAGCCCCGGUGGACCUGAUGAUAGGUCCGGACAGCCGCAACUCCAGUUAUGACAACCUGGCCGCUGCUGCCGCCGCUCACACCCCCCACAGCUCCAUCCCCACCCCUUACACCUCCACACCACCCCGCUUCCCCUCUGCUGCCGCCUCACCAUACCCUCUCUCGUCAUCCCCGCACAUGGCCUCAUCACCCGCCAUCCCACGCCCGUCUGGCUCCAUGCCUCGCCUGUCCGCGUCUCUCACAGCCUACCCGGCGUUCAGGACGGGGGGCGCCAUGCCGCGCGUGCAGAGCAGUGGGGAGCUCACUGCUGCGGCGGCACAGGCAGCAGGAGUGGCGGAUAGGAUUCCUGAAGAGGGGAUGGGAGCGGGGGACGGGGGAACGGGGAGUGCGAGUCCUGGGGUGACGGUGCUGCCUGGGGUGGCUGGGAUUCCGGGUCCGGAAGAGGCUGUAUCAGGAGGCGUGGGAGCAGGGAGAGCAGGGACGGCUGUAGCGGGGCCGGCUGUAGCGGGGCAGGCUGUAGCGUCACCACCACAUAGGAUGGGCGGCAGGCCAGGUACCCCUAGUCAUGGUUUAGACCCAGGCCGGAUGCAUGAACCAUUAGGGCCAGCAGCAGCGGUGUCCCUUGCAGCAGAAGCAGAAGCAGCAGCAGCGAUGGCAGCAGCAGCAUCUGCGGUACCAUCCGUUGCAGCAGCAGCGGCAGCAGCAGCAGCAGCAGCCGUCCCCCAGCCUGUACCAGUCGAGCCUUCCCGGGUUGACCCUUCACCGACCCCGCCGCCCGCGCCGGCCGCCCAGCAGCGCAUGCAGCGGCUGCUGAUAGUGGCCAACCGCCUGCCCGUGCGGGCCAGCCUGCAGCCUGACGGCACGUGGGCGCUGGAGCUGUCCGCUGGGGGGCUUGUCAGUGCGCUGUUAGGUGUGAAGCAGAACUUUGAGACGUGCUGGAUAGGGUGGCCCGGGCUGUACCUGCACUCGCCUGCGGACCAGCAGCAGCUGCACGACGCCCUGCAGGCCAAGGGGUGCGUGCCUGUGUUUCUAGACGAGAACACCAUGAACGCCUACUACAACGGCUACUGCAACAACGUGCUGUGGCCGCUGCUGCACUACAUCGGGCUGCCCCAGGAGGACCGCCUUUCCGCCACGCGCUCCAUCCAGGCGCAGUACGGCGCGUACCGGUCGGCCAAUCACAGCUUUGCUGACGUGGUCAUGGCUCAGUACCGCCAGGGGGACAUUGUGUGGGUGCAUGACUAUCACCUCAUGCUGCUGCCUCAGUACCUCAAGGCCCGCAGCCCCAACAUGAAGGUGGGGUGGUUCCUGCACACGCCCUUCCCCUCCAGCGAGUUCUUCCGAGCGCUGCCAUUGAGAGAGGAGAUUCUGCAGGCCGUGCUCGCUGCGGACCUCAUCGGCUUCCACACGUACGACUACGGGCGGCACUUUGUGAGUGCGUGUGCGCGCAUUCUCGGGCUGGAGGGCACGCCAGAGGGCGUGGAGGACCAUGGCAGGCUCACACGCGUCGCUGCGUUUCCGAUUGGCAUAGACCCGGAGCGGUUCAUCUCAGCACUGGAGAGCAACGUGGUCAAAACACACAUCGCAGAGCUGCGAGCGAGAUUCUCCGGCCGGAAGGUGAUGCUGGGGGUGGAUCGGCUGGACAUGAUAAAGGGCAUACCGCAGAAGCUGAUAGCGUUUGAGAAGUUCCUCGAGGAGCACCCCGACUGGCGCGACAAGGUCCUCCUCGUGCAGAUCGCCGUGCCCUCCCGCACCGACGUGCCUGAGUGGGCAGCACAAUCACUUGGCGCCGGGGCCCUUCUGGUGAAUCCAUGGAACAUCACGGACAUGUCGAGCGCCAUAGAGGACGCUCUCACGAUGGGCGAGGAGGAGCGCGUGGACCGCCACCGCUACAACUUCCUCCAUGUCACCACGCACACCGCGCAGGCCUGGGCGGACACGUUUGUCAGCGAGUUGAACGAUACGGUGGUGGAGGCACAGCUGCGCACGCUGCACAUCCCGCCGCUGCUGCCUGUGGCCCAGUGUGUAGACCGCUUCCACCAGUGCCGCAACCGCCUGCUCAUCCUCGGCUACAACGGCACGUUGACGGCCCAAGUGGAGCCACACAGGCGACGCACGCCCGACCAGAUCAAGGAGAUGAAGGUUCGUCUGCAUCCCAUCAUGCCGGCCGUCCUCCGUCGUCUCUCCUCGGACCCGGCCAACACGGUGGUGAUAAUGAGCGGGUCAGAGCGCGCUGUGCUGGACGAGGCGUUCAGCGAGUACGACGUGUGGCUGGCGGCUGAGAACGGCAUGUUCAUGCGCCACACACGGGGCGAGUGGAUGACCACCAUGCCUGAGCACCUCAACAUGGACUGGCUGGACUCGGUGCAGUUGGUGUUUGAGUAUUUCACGGAGCGCACGCCGCGGUCGUACGUGGAGGAGAGGGAGACCUCUCUGGUGUGGAACUACAAGUAUGCCGACGUGGAGUUUGGCCGCGUGCAGGCCAGAGACAUGCUGCAGCACCUGUGGACGGGACCGAUUUCCAACACAGCCGUGGAUGUGGUGCAGGUAUGGCUUGUUGCAGUGCAGGUAUGGCUUGUUGCAGUGCAGGUAUGGCUUGUUGCAGUGCAGGUAUGGCUUGUUGCAGUGCAGGUAUGGCUUGUUGCAGUGCAGGCCAGGGACAUGCUGCAGCACCUGUGGACGGGGGCCGAUUUCCAACACGGCCGUGGAUGUGGAGCAGUGGAGGUGCGGCCAGUGGGGGUGAGCAAGGGGGCGGCCAUGGAGAGGGUGUUGGGGGAGAUAGUGCACCAGAAGCCGCUGCCCUGCCCCUUUGACUUCGUCAUGACCGUCGGCCACUUCCUCUCACGGGACGAGGACAUAUACCAAUUCUUUGAACCAGACUUACCGCAUGACAACAACAUGCCGCCCGGCAUGGACGCUUACCAGCAAGGCAUGGACGGCACCAUGGGACCCAUGGAUGGUAACUGCGGUGUGUCCAUGGAUGGUAACAUGGUAACCAUGGGUCAUGCGUCUUUGGACGGGGCAGCCAUGGAUCAAGUCACACGGGAUCAUAUCACAGCUCUUGAGCAUGCUGAUUCAUACCUACCCGAGUAUUACACUUCCAGUAGUCCCACCACCACGUUCGAUACAAGCACCACCGCUACAAGCACUCUCACUGCUCCUCACGAUCGCUCCAAUCCUCCUCCUGACACCAAACCUCCCCCGGGCCUCCCGCCUGCACCGCCUCCGAGCGUUCCCGGACCUGACAGCCUUGGCUCAGCACCGCUGCCAAUCCAUUCCGGGACGACUGGCGUUUCAGACGAGUCGGGGUUUUCCACACAGGAGAGCUCGUCGAUGCUUCCGACUGUUUUAGACUCGGAGGAGGAUGGCCAUGGGGAGGAAAUAAGCCAUCGCAGCAGUGGGGAGUAUUGCCCAAUCGUCGACCUCAAUGCCGAUUCGUACUUUUCGUGUGCUGUGGGGCGCAAGCGGUCUUUGGCACGGUAUUCGCUCGCAACCACUGAUGAUGUGGUCACCAUGCUGAAGGCCAUAUCAGAUAGCUAUGGUCUUGGCCCAGGAUUUCGGACAGCUUAG